AGCUCGGACAGUUUCCCAUGUUCGGCCCGUCCGGUGAAGAAGGGGUUUUCAAACCAGGUGACAGAUGACAGCACAGCUGGACUCACGAAUGGCAGCAAAUAAAAACGACUCGGACUCGGACGACAUCCCUGCCAACGCGGAGGAGCUCGAGAGAGCGUUGUGUGUGUUGGCUGGAAGCGACCCGGAAAACUGCUCUUAUUCCCGGGGCUAUGCGAAGAGACAGGCGGUGUUUGCCUGUAACACAUGCACCCCAAAUGCUGCAGAGCCUGCUGGGGUUUGCCUGGCCUGUGCCAAUAAAUGCCAUGAUGGACAUGAUAUCUUUGAACUGUACACCAAAAGAAACUUUCGCUGCGACUGUGGAAAUAGCAAAUUUGGGGAAUUCGAGUGCCAACUAAUUCCUGCCAAAGACGAGGACAACGUUAGAAAUCACUACAAUCACAACUACAACGGCUGCUACUGCACGUGUGACCGGCCCUACCCAGACACAGACGAUCAGGCCGACGAUGAGAUGAUUCAGUGCGUCAGCUGUGAGGAUUGGUUUCACAGCAAGCAUUUGGGCUGCACUGCAGUGGACCCCGAGGAGCUGCAGGAGAUGAUAUGUGAGGCCUGUAUGAACAAGGUCCCGGUCUUGUGGACGUAUGCUGCUCACUUUGCAGUUUAUCCUGUGACCAGCGUCAGCCCUCCUGAGGAGGAGGAGGUGUCAGAGGACGCAGAAGAAGUUGAAGUCGGAGCAGGAAAGGAAGGAGCCUCUGAGCUCAGUCAAAGUGAGGAUGAGAAACCAUCCACCAGUGCUGAGCACACAAAGCCAGAGGAAGUGGCAAACGGGAGUUCCCCUUGCAAACGGACCCACGAGGAAAUGUCAGGCAGUCCCGCAAACGCCGUGUCCGAAACCUUCGUCUGCAGGCUGAAGGAGCUGCGAGCCAAGGGGCUGGAGGAGAGGAGACGGGGAGCGGUGUUCUGGCCUUACGGCUGGCGGGCCGAGCUCUGCACCUGCGUGAGCUGCAAGAGGGCCUACGUGGCUGACGAGGUGCAGUUCCUCAUGGACCCGUCGGACACCAUUCUGGCCUACGAGAACAAAGGCCUCGCUGAGCCGUUUGGGCAGCACCCGUUGAUGGCGCUGACGAGCUCGAUGGACCGCGUACAUCAGCUGGAGGUCAUUUACGGUUUAAACGAGCUGACGACCUCGAUCGCUGCGUUUUUAGACCAGUGUGUUGCUGAAGGAAAGUCGGUCACAGUUGAAUCUGUGCAUCAGUUCUUUGAGGAGCUGCGGGCCAGAAAGAGACGAAGGACCAACGCAGGAUACCAGUAAGGAGGAGGCCACGCUGCUUUGAACGUGUGACUUAGAGGAGCCUUUAUGUUGAAUAAAUGGCCCUCUUGCUGCAACCAAUGAGUCUAAAGCGCAAAGCGUACCGACUUGCACGCAAAUUGUUGCUUUUCAAGUGAAGGAGUGAGAUUGUUUGCGCCCGAUUGUUUUUAUUGAUGUAUAUAAUGCCUUAACACUAAAGCUCCAAAUGAAUGUGACUUGAAACACUUCAGCACGGUAUGAUUUAAAUAGAUUAAAUUGUUACAUUGCUACAAUGUUAUGUACAUCACAUGAA